AUUAUUCUCAUUGCACAACCCAUACAGAGGGAAGCAGAAGCUUCUCUCAAGCUGCUCGUGUGCCUGUAGCAGUGAUGCAGCCCUUCAGCGCUUUGCCGGCCUACCUUUGCCCUUCGCUUGAGGGCACCAUGGCGACUGCUCGCCUCGCGAUCCCGCGUCGACUGCGAACCUCCUACAUUGCCCUGAGUCGACGGUCGUUCUCCAGCCGCCGUCAUGAGAUGUCCUCCUCUCAGUUCCAUCGCUCUGACUUCGCCAAUCAGCCGUUCACAGGCACGUACGAGCCUGGAACGCCCACCGGAGGUCCUCUCGGCGGCGCAUCCUAUGGCACACCUAGACUCACACCUAAGAUGCUGAAGCAGCAUCUCGAUCAAUUCGUGGUCGGACAAGAAAGAGCAAAGAAAGUCCUUAGCGUUGCUGUCUUCAAUCACUACCAGAGGAUCCAGGAGCUGCAAAGGAGAGAAGAGGAGGAGGAAGAGUUGGUAGCCCAGAGAGAACGAAGGGAGCGUCAUCCAGUCGAGGAUGAAUUUCCCGGUCAACAGCCCACCAUCCGACUAGGUAGUGGGCGGACAUCUACAUUCGAUCCUCGCACCGGUGGCACACCACUAGUCGACACGAGUCCCCUCACACUGGAGAAGUCAAAUAUACUACUGCUGGGCCCCAGCGGCGUUGGGAAGACGUUAAUGGCCAAGACGCUCGCACGAGUACUCUCGGUACCAUUUUCCAUGUCGGACUGCACACCAUUUACUCAAGCCGGCUACAUUGGUGAAGAUGCAGAGGUUUGCGUCCAUCGGUUACUGGCUGCUGCAAAUUAUGAUGUCGAAAGAGCUGAGCGAGGCAUCAUAUGUCUAGACGAAGUUGACAAAAUUGCAACAGCCAAGGUCAGCCAUGGCAAAGAUGUCUCAGGGGAAGGCGUACAGCAAGCCUUGUUGAAACUCAUUGAAGGCACCACUAUCCAAAUACAGGCCAAACCCGAACGCAAUGCACCUCGAGCAGGUGGGCAAUCCCAGGCUUAUCCGACUAACAGUCCUCUAGGUGCUGGCUUCUCAUCUGGCUCGACAGGCGCUGCAGCUACACCCGUGAAGGGCGAGGUCUACAAUGUCAGAACCGAUAACAUCCUCUUUAUAUUCAGCGGCGCUUUCAUCGGGCUUCAAAAGCACAUCCUCGACCGACUGACCAAAGGAAGCAUCGGAUUCGGAGCUAGUGUACGAUCCAGCUCUAACUUGAUCUCAUACGGCCGAGAUCAGAAGUCGACGAGCAAUGCUCCAAUACCCAUCUUACCCGGAUCCCAAGAAGAGGAAUUAUAUAAGAAACACUUGCCGUUCUUCACUCCAACCCUGGCGCCCGAAGAAACCACAGUUGACGGAACGCCUGUCGAACCAAACUAUUUCAACCCAUUGGACUUGGUCACUCCAGCUGAUCUUCAGUCGUAUGGCUUCAUUCCUGAGCUUGUUGGCCGCAUACCUACAGCGACGGCCUUGUCUGCGCUCACACACUCAAUGCUACUGCGAAUUCUGACAGAACCUCGCAACAGUCUCGUGGCUCAGUAUGUCACACUAUUUUCUCUUUCCGGUAUCGAGCUCCGCUUUACAACACCAGCUCUGCAUGUGAUUGCUUCGAAUGCACUUCAUAUGGGUACCGGGGCUCGUGCCCUUCGUACAGAGAUGGAGACCAUUCUAGGUGAUGCUAUGUUUGAAGCACCGGGCAGCAGUGUAAAGUACGUUCUCGUCACAGAACACGUAGCGAAACGGGAGGAAGGAGCCGUCUAUUUCGGGAGAGGUCAAGGUGGGAAGUUCCAUGCCAUGAUUGCUCAGGAGGAAGGUGACUGGGAGGAUCAACAGAAACGCAAGAGUCCGAAGAAGAACGAGAGUAUGACUGCCAGCUUCGAGGAUUGGAGGACGAAGUCGACCACCGCGGCCGGUAGUGGAGGUUGAGCUCGUUUCUGUAUCCGUCUGGGGAAGAUACGAUGACGAUUGACGAAUGAUGAAGUAUUACAACAGCAACAUCCAUCUGGCUUGUUCGCUGGCAACUACAAGUCCGCUACCAGUUCCAACAGCACUCGCGCAAGACCAGCUCCUGCCGUAGUGUGGCAGCGUCCAUCUGCCCUUCGGCCUUGCUGGAUCGGGAGGCUUCCGUCGCCAUCAAUGACCGCCCUAAUCUUGCCCUGGCCAACUCCCUCCCCAUAUUGACCAACUUCCUCGCCAAGUCCCAACUCUACUGCCUCACCUGCACAUUUGGGAAAGAUGAAGGGUCAUAUAUUGAAGAGCUCAAUUCUCCUCUCAAAUUCGGGUCGUCACCACAAUCCCCCAGCCGAAGACUGCGGACCCUUGAAAUGACCUUGCGACCGAUUUACCUGUGGUACGUUUCGCGUUAUGGUAUGAUGCAUAGGCUGAAAAACUCGAAAUCUCCCUAGUUGGACAGUCUGCUAACGCCCGCUACCUUGGAAGGGCCCUCCUUGGUAGGCAGGGUGGCACGGGUUUUCUCUUUUUGUCGAUUUGGUUGAGGGUUCGAUCCUUGCCCGUGAGGCUUGCAUCAGCUGCCUUUUUUGAGCGACUCUGCCUGGUUAUUGCUGCUAGUGGGAAGGCGGGCUGGUUGGUGCGAGGUGUGGCAGAAACGGGGAGUGCGAACACUUGGCGAGGAAGAAGUGUAAUACCGACAUUAAACCUGGGCUGGACGCAAGACGAGUCCUGAGAAUCAUACUCGAUGCUGAGAGGAAACUGGUGCAAUCGAUGAACACGCUCGCAGCCGCAGAACCUACCGCCCUCCAUCGCUGAGCAUGCGGUUACAUUCCACUGGUUCAGCUCUUCGGUAGCGUUACAAUGUCUAUGAUGCGGAGGGGGAAGCAGCCAACGUAAGUUAGUCUAGUUCGAUUCAUCAUACUUGUCAAAAGCAAAAGAUGUUCAAAAAAGGAUGAAAGGCUGGGGAUAGAGCUGGCUGAACGAAGUGACUCCUGAUGGGACCAGGAGUCAGAUAACAUUAUAGAUAAGCCUGCAAAACACAAUACGAUGCCGAAUCUGA